CUGCCUCUAAAAUUAGUAUCUCUGGGGAGAGAGAGGAAGGGGGCACUGCCUCUAAAAUGAGUCUCUCUGGGGAACAUGACAUGGACACCAAAGCUAAGAGCCCAAUCCAGCAGAGACCAGCCUCACCUGUUCCCAGCUGUGUGUCCAUGAAGAGUGACAAGUCUAUGGAUAACCCUCCCAUGUUCAGUGAUGGUGGAGGACCUUCUAAUGAGGAAGGGAUGAGACAGCAGAGACCAGCCUCACCUGUACCCAGCUGUGUGUCCAUGAAGAGUGACAGAUCUAUGGGUCUACCUAUCAACUUCAGUGAUGGAGGAGGACCUUCCAAUGAGGAAGGAGAUCAACAGGAGAAGUCGGAGUCAGACCAGAGUCACCAUGAGGACUUGUCCUCCAUAUUCACAGUGCUUGAGGAGACUGUCAUCAGGUUUGUGAAGAAAGAGCUGAAGAGGAUGAAGAGGAUUCUGAGUUCAGAUUUCCCAGCAGGCUUAGAGAGUCAGAGUGAGGACCAGGAAGUGGUGGACCCUGAAUAUCAGAAGCAGGAGAGCAGUGCCAGAAAGGGAGCUCUGAAGAUCACACUGCACGUCCUGAGGAACAUGAACCAGAAGGAGCUGGCUGACACUCUGGAGAAAAGAGAGCUUUCUCAUCAUAGACUCUCACAGAAACUCAAAUCUAAACUGAAGAAGAAGUUUCAGACUGUCUUUGAGGGCACUCAGCAAGGACAACCAACUCUUCUCAAUAAGAUCUACACAGAUCUGUACAUCACAGAGGGUGAGAGUGGAGAGGUCAAUGAAGAACAUGAGGUGAGACAGAUUGAGACAGCAUCCAGGAAAUCAGCAAGAACAGAAACAGCCAUCACAUGCAACGACAUCUUUAAACCCUCAGCUGGACGAGACACACCUAUCAGAAUUGUUCUGACAAAAGGAGUUGCUGGCAUCGGAAAAACUGUCUCUGUGCAGAAGUUCAUCACGGACUGGGCUGAAGGACUAGCCAAUCAGGAAAUCCAGUUCAUCUUUCCUCUGCCAUUUCGAGAGCUGAAUUUGUUGGUUGGAAAAGAGUUCAGUCUGAUAGAACUUGUCCAUCACUUCUUCUCGGAAACCAGAAAAUCAGUAAUCUCCAUCUAUGACAAGUACAAGGUUCUGUUUGUCUUUGACGGACUGGAUGAGUGUCGACUGCCCUUAGCCUUCAAGAAGAACAAGAGCUGGUGUGAUGUCACAGAGUCCACCUCAGUGGAUGUGCUGCUUACCAACCUGAUCAAAGGAAACCUGCUUCCCUCUGCUCUCAUCUGGCUAACCACUCGACCUGCAGCAGCCAAUCAGAUCCCUUCUGAGUGUGUCGACCUGGUGACAGAGUUACGAGGGUUCAAUGACCCACAGAAGGAUGAGUACAUCAUGAAGAGAUGUAGUGAUGAGAUCCUGGCCAGGAGAAUCAUCUCACACAUCAAGACAUCAAGGAUCCUCUACAUCAUGUGCCACAUACCAGUCUUCUCUUGGAUUACUGUUACAGUCCUUGAACACAUGCUGAGAACAGAGAAGAAAGAGAAGAUUCCCAAGACCCUGACUGAGAUGUACACAACCUUCCUGGUGUUACAGACCAAACAAAAGAAGGUGAAGUAUGCUGGGAAAACUGAGACCGAUCCACAUUGGGAUGAAGAGAGCAUUCAGAGUGUUCUGUCACUGGGAAAACUGGCCUUCCACCAGCUGGAGAAAGGCAACUUGAUUUUUUAUGAGAAAGACCUGACAGAGUGUGGCAUUGAUGUCCAUGAUGCCUCAGUGCACUCAGGAGUGUUCACACAGAUCUUCAGACAGGAUGGUAGAGUAUUCCAGGAGAAGGUGUUCUGCUUUGUCCAUCUGAGCUUUCAGGAGUUUCUGGCUGCUGUGUUUGUAUAUCUCUCAUUCAUCAACAACAAUGAGAAUCUGAUAUCUCAGUCCACCUCAUACACAUCUGACGUCCACCUCUACAAGAGUGCUGUGGACAAGGCCUUGCCGUGUAAGAAUGGACAGCUGGACCUUUUCCUCCGCUUCCUCCUGGGCCUCUCAAUGGAGUCCAAUCAGACUGACUUACGAGGCCUAAUCAGUCAGACAAUUAACAAGACAGAGAGCCAUGAGGAAACAGUCAAGUACAUCAAGGAGAAGAUCAGAGAAGAUCCCUCUGCAGAGAGAUGCAUGAAUCUGUUCCACUGUCUGAAUGAACUGAAUGACCUUUCUCUGGUGGAGGAGAUCCAACAUUACCUGAGCUCAGGAAGUCUCUCCAGUGAGAAGAAGCUCUCAUCUACACAGUGGUCAGCUCUGGUCUUUGUGUUGCUGACUUCAGAAGAGAAGUUGGACGUGUUUGACCUGAAGAUAUACUCCAGAUCAGAGGAAGGUCUUCUGAGGUUGCUGCCAGUGGUCAAAAACUCAAAAACUGCUCUGCUGAAUGACUGUAACCUCUUAGAACGGUGCUGUGAAGCGCUGGCCUCAGCUCUCCCCUCCCUCUCACACACUGUGCUCACAUAGAUGUCAGUGAAGAUUGAACUGUACACAGUUGGAAUUGAUAUCCCAGAGUGUUUGUAAAUAUUGGUGUGUGUAGAAUGUUUGUUUUGUUUGAACCUUUAGAUGCGUGAGUUCUAAAUAUU